AUGAGUGCCGCCUCCUUUUCUUUCUUAAUUUGUUUCUCUCUCUCUAUUCUCUCUUUCUCUCUGGUUUUCUUUCUCCACUCCCCACCCUCUCUCUCUGUUUCUUUCUGUGGCCUAGUGUCUUCACUUUCUGUCUUCCUGGUUUCAUUCAUUACUCUUUCUCUAUCUGGGUCCUGGUCUCAUCCAUUAAUUUUUCUCUCCCCACCUCUCUCUCUCUGGGUCCUGGUCUCGUCCAUUAAUUUCUCUCUCUCUCUCUCGGUCCUGGUCUCAUCCAUUACUUUGUCUCUCUCUCUCUCUCUCUCUCUCUGGGUCCUGGUCUCACACAUUGAUUUCUCUCUCUUUCUCACUGGGAACUGGUCUCAUUCAUUAUUUCAUUCUGGGUCUUGGUCUCAUCCAUUACUCUCUCUCUGGGUCUUGGUCUCAUCCAUUACUCUCUCUCUGGGUCUUGGUCUCCAUGGGUCUUGGUCUCAUCCAUUACUCUCUCUCUCUGGGUCUUGGGUCUCAUCCAUUACUCUCUCUCUCUCUCUCUGGGUCUUGGUCUCAUCCAUUACUCUCUCUCUCUCUCUCUCUCAUCCUCUCUCUCUCUCUCUCUCUCUGGGUCUUGGUCUCAUCCAUUACUCUCUCUCUCUCUCUCUCUGGGUCUUGGUCUCAUCCAUUACUCUCUCUCUCUCUCUCUGGGUCUUGGUCUCAUCCAUUACUCUCUAUCUCUCUCUCUCUCUCUCUGGGUCUUGGUCUCAUCCAUUACUCUCUCUCUCUCUCUCUCUCUCUGGGUCUUGGUCUCAUCCAUUACUCUCUCUCUCUCUCUCUCUGGGUCUUGGUCUCAUCCAUUACUCUCUCUCUCUCUGGUUCCUGGUUCCAUCGAUUACUCUCUCUCUCUUGUUCCUGAUCUCAUCCAUUACUCUCUCUGUCUUUUUCUCACUUGUUCCUGUUCUCAUCCAUUACUUUCUCUCUCUCUCUCCCCGAAUUUCUUUUCUUUCUUUCUCUCUCGGCCAGUCUCACGCACCCCUUACACUCCUGCUUGCCUUCCUUCAUUGCUCUUUCAUUCUUUCUCGUUUUCUAGUAUACUCCAUUCUUUUUCUGAUUCAUUUUCCAGUCUUCUGCCAAUUUUACAGCAACGUCUCUUCUCUCUUUCCCAGAGUUCCCUCUACAGCUAACGACUACUCAAAUAACUAUGGCCCUUACGCUCCGUAUUCUUACAAUGAUCAUCAUUGGGUGAGCAGAUACCCAAGUGUUAUCAAUCCAGCAUAUUAUUAUUCGUCCAGUAUCCGCGCUGGAGAUCCCGCCAGUUCUGUGGCAAGUUCCAACAAGACGUAA